AUGGCCGAGAGCGUGGCGUCGCCGCUGCCCGCCAGCGAGGACAAUCUGGGCAAGGUGGAGACCAGCGCAGCAGUGGCGCCGCCGAUGGACGCCCGCAUCGCGGAGCUGCUGAGCAACCUGUCUCGCCACCGCGUGGCCGCGGUCGGUGGCGGCUUCGUGCCUGGGUUGACGGUGGGCGCGGGGGCUGAUGCCCGGGUGUCCGUGUCCUCCGCCUACCACACGCCAGUACUCCAGCGGCCCCAGGCCGCCCACGGCACGGCGCCCGUCUUAGUCACCGCGGCUCCCAAUCAACUCAUCCAACUGUCGAUUCCAGGCAUGAGGGACGCAAGUCGGGCCAGCGUCAAGGCUGACAACGCCAGUUCCGACUCGCCGACCAGCGGUAUGGCCAACGGUGUGGGUGACAUGGACGACGACCAAGAGGACAGCGGGGCGUUGUCGAGGGGAACGCAGCGCCCCAAAAGGUACCGAAAUCAGAAACAAAAGCUGUCCAACUCAAUGGCACAGAAACGCUACAGGGAGCGCAAGAAGCGGGCAUUCAUGGACAUGCGCCAGGUGAUUGACAACCUGCAGGCCGAGGUGGAGACGCUCAGGGGCGUGAAGAAUGAAAAUGAUCGCUUGCGUCAGACCACAGGUGCCCUGGAAGACCUGGUCAAGAGCCAGCAAGACCAGAUCGAGGCACUUCGUGGCCGGCUGAAGGCAGAGGCCCAUAUGCCAGAAGCCUCCUCAGCAGGGCCGAGGGAAGCAACUGCUGUGGUGCCGAAGGAUAUGGACGUUUUGAUGGUGUCCUCUGCUGGGGGGGCCGAUAUGAACACUGACAGCACAGGCCUUGGGAAUGCGUUUGUGAAGGCAUACGAGAUGCGACAAGCAGAGUCAGGCAGCCCCAACCAUAAGCCAAUGCUGCCAUCCUUACCAGCAGGGCACCCGGUCACCCCAACGAGCCUGCCAGCCAUUGCCUCACAACUUGUGAUGCCCCUGGUGCCCGAUGCAGCCAUGUCAGCCACCCUGCAGAAUGAGUGGAACACACAUAUUCUGGCCAUGGAGCAGGUUCUGGUGGCUAACCAACAGCAAGGCCUGCCGAACGGGCCCAUCUCAGAAGAAGCGCUUCAGUUGUUGAGCCGCAUGGUCAGCAACUUAUAUAGUCUGAAUGCGCAGUUGAUGAGCUCCAAGGUGCAGCAAAUCCUCGACACUAACCGCCAGAACACAGCUCGAAUAUGUAGAAUAUUCAAUGGCCUGGCAGGGUGCAAGGCAGAGUGA